GACGGAGACGUCAAAAUGUCCGGAGUCCUUCCCACCGAUAAGUGCAAGGCGGAGUUCGCCAUCCUCCGGGAGAAGCGCGCGUACAAGUUCAUCACCUUCAAGAUCGAUGCGACCGGGACCAUGACCGAUGUGUGCGACGUCUGCCCAACCUCGGCGGACUUUAAGUUCCAGGACCUGCUCGACAAGCUCCCCGCGGACGAGCCCAGGUACCUCGUGCUGGACUGGAACGUGGAGAACGACGACGGGUGCCAGCUCUCCAAGAUCUUCUUCGUGUCGUGGGUGCCGGACACCUGCAAGGCGAAGACCAAGAUGCUUUACGCGAGCAGCAAGCAGGCGCUGCGCAACGCGCUGGAGGGCGUUCAUCUCGAUCACCAGGCCACCGACUACGACGAGAUCACCCCGGAGGAGUUCACCUCGAGGACCCUCGGCAAGUAGGCGAGACUCGCCGGGUGUUGCCGGGGGGCUGGGGAUGCACUGAUUUUUAUGCCACUGGACGUCUUGCAAGGGGGCGGCUGAGCAGCCGCGUGUGUAACUAGAGGGCUAUGUAGGGCUGAAUUCCAAGUUUUGCAAACACGAGCGGACCGGUCCACUCCCGCCGCGGCGGUCGGCAUCGUGCGUUGCCGUGAAUGCCAACGCGUCUUCUGCCAAAAAGAUGUGCCAGCAAAACUCUGCAGUCAGUUUUACGUCUGCCAACAUUAUCCAUCGACACCAUAGGCUUAGCGCG